CCUGGAUGACGAUUUCCAACCCAAGAUAGCAGAUUUUGGGUUGGCAAGGCUUCUACCUGAAAAUCAGAGCCACCUUAGCACAAAAUUUGCCGGAACAUUGGGAUACACGGCACCUGAGUACGCUCUCCAUGGACAGCUAUCGGAAAAAGUUGACACAUACAGCUUUGGUAUCGUUGUCCUUGAAAUCGUAAGUGGCAAGAAGAGCAGUGAAAUGAUAGCUGAUCCUGGUGCUGAAUACCUCCUCAAAAAGGCAUGGAAGCUAUAUCAGGAUGGUAAGCACAUUAAACUGGUGGAUGAAAGCUUAGAUCCCAGUGAGUAUGAAGCCGAGCAUGCAAAGAAAAUCAUAGAGAUUGCCUUGAUGUGCACCCAAUCAUCACCAACUUUAAGGCCAACAAUGUCCGAGGUAGUUGUUUUGUUCAAAAGUAGGGGUUCACUGGAGCACACACAACCAACUAGACCUCCCUUUGUUGAAUCUGUAGAAAGGGUCCGUGGAGACAGGUCCACUUCUACUGCUUCCUCCUCAUCCAAUGCCACUGCUUCUUUCUCUGUGGUAUCUGCUCGCUGACGUCCCGUUGAUUCAUAAAAUGUGACGUGCAACUUUGGCAACAAGCCCUGAAGAUGAAUAGUUUAUAGGACCUGUGAAUUUGCAUCAUCAUGAUCCCUCCAUGAGAGAUUGGCACCAUAAAUAAGACCAUUCAAAGGAAAA